AUGUUCAACGCCCCAUUUGUACUCUUGUUCGCUCUCUUACUUACCCUACCUCUUUUGUUCAUCUUCGCACCUCGAAUCCUUCCUCCUAGACGCGUUAUAAUCUCUCUCCCCGACGAACUCGAUGACCUCGCGCUUUUCCGGCGAGCUGUUCUUUCUACAGUUCGCCCACCGGGAUCCGUGUCCCGUCUUGGGUCCACUAACGCUAAACCUAAAAUCGCUUUCAUGUUUCUCACCAACACUGAUCUCCACUUUGCUCCUCUGUGGGAAAAGUUCUUCGACUCGCCUAAAUCGAAUCAGCAAAAGUUGUAUAAUAUAUACAUCCAUGCCGAUCCAGAUUCCGACGUCAAGUCUCCUGGCGGCGUCUUCGAAAAUCGAUUCAUUCCCGCGAAAAAAACGCAGAGAUCUUCUCCGACUCUCAUCUCCGCCGCCCGCCGCCUUCUCGCUACCGCCAUCCUUGACGACUCGUUAAAUGCUUACUUUGUUCUCGUCUCCCAACAUUGUAUCCCUUUGCAUUCCUUUCGCUAUGUAUACAAAACUCUAUUCCGAACACCUACUGAGUCGACUCGGUUCCCAACUCGGUUUCCGACUCGGCUCAGUUUCAUCGAAGUGUUAUCGGAGGAACCCCAACUGUGGGACCGGUACACUGCCAGAGGCAAAAACGCCAUGUUGCCUGAGGUUCCGUUUGAUAGGUUCCGGAUCGGGUCACAGUUCUAUAUUUUGACCCGGGCUCACUCUUUGAUGGUAAUAAAGGACCGGAAGCUAUGGAGGAAGUUCAGGCUGCCGUGCCUGAACGUUGAUUCGUGUUACCCGGAGGAGCAUUACUUCCCGACGCUUUUGUCAAUGGAGGAUCCAAAGGGUGUUAGCGAGUACACACUCACUCGGGUCAAUUGGACAGGCAGUGUGGAUGGGGAUGAUGUCAUUCACUACAGACAAACAGGUUUGAUGAUUUUGAUCAUAAACAAAUAGAUAAUGGGAUUUGGUAGAGAAUAAGGGCCCAAGAGCUGGUUUCUGGGCAAAAGCCCAGCCCAGUGUGUGUAGAUGGAUUGUUGGGCUUAAAGUGGAGUUUAUUGGAGAGAAGAAAAACUGAAAAGCAUACAACAUGCCAAAAAGAAAAAGGGUGUGUAUGUGAUGCAUUUCUUCUAUUCCAUAUCUUCCGUUUGCUCUUUUUGUAAAUAUUCUUGUAAACUUUUGUGGUUUUCAUUCUAUUUUAUAUUAUAUUAAAAGAACACAUGGUGCCCUUGGUCCCAUGUGAAUUCGAGUUACGUUCAAAGUUUUACAAAAUAUGCCCACUGGGAUUGGUAUUGUUUGGGUUCAAUAAGUGAAUGAAUUCCAAAAUGGUUGAAAGUAAGUUUGAUUUUUUUUUUUUCUUUCUAGUCAUAGUCUUCUACUCUUUUAUUUAGGGAUGAGCAUUGGUUGAACUGGCCCGGGAACCAAACUUAUUGGAAAAUAGGAACUGAACCGACCCGUCGGUUCUUGCCGUGUCUUCAAUGUUGGAACCGGUCCACGAGAAAUAGCAAUAUAUGAUUUUG